UCAUCUUUAAAUUUCUGGAGUACUAGCUACCAAAGCAGAGAAUCUCCUUUUAAAGUGGGCAAAGAAUUAAACUUUAUUCGCACUAAGUGCAAGAAAAACCAAAACUUGAAAAAGCAGAGACCAGUGGUGAUUGUCAUCAUGGACUAUUAACCUUUGAUUAAACAAAGGCAAAAGACUAGGAAGUUGUUACAGCUAUAUAUAUAAUCAUAAAGCUCAACGUGAAAACAAUUUUACAUUAAAGAAUCAACAUCUUGAAAUCAAAAGGAGGCAAAUAUGUUUAGAAGAACCAACAGCAACAGCACCUCUAAUACUUCUUAUUCAGCACCACCACCAAUGAAUUGGCGGUCUGCAAGGGAGUCCGGUGUUCCUGCUCCCAACUACAAUGAAUCAAAUUAUGGGCAGUUAUUGAUGCCAGCCUCACGUUCCUUCCGAAGAAACCCUGAUUCAAGAGGCCCAGUAGAAGCUCAUCGGUCAUUUGGGAGAAGGUCAUCAAGCUUUGGCUCAACCAGUGUACCUUCACUACAUCGUUCACCAGUUCGUCUCUUAAUCCUUGACAGUGAACCACAGAGAGAACCUGUUGCUCCCUGGUACAGGCAGAUCCCCCGAGAGUCCCCACCAAGGCAGAUUGAAUCAUGGACGCAUUUGCCACAUCAACGAACAGAACAACAGUCCAGAAACUCAAGCCAGUUUCACCAACAAAGCAAAGCCUUGGAGAAUCUCAAGAAGGAGUUCUACAAUCCUGUCUCGAGGAGAUUGACAAACAAAGUCAACUUAUACUACCGAGACACUCCUGUGAAUCCGAAGGAUAUAGAUACAGAUGAAGAUGGAAAAAGGUGUGCCAUUUGCUUGGAUGACUUUGAACGUGGACAGGAGGUUAUGCUCACUCCUUGCAAGCACAUGUUUCAUGAAGACUGCAUUGUGCCAUGGGCUAAAAGCAAUGGCCAGUGUCCAGUUUGUAGAGCUGUUUUCGGGCCUAAAACGAGGGAUUCUUCGUUGAGUGCUAACAAUAAUAGUAUUAUCACUCCAAGGAUGGCUGCUUCUGGUUUAUCCACACAAGAGUUAGUCUCUAUAAUAAGGGCACUUGGGGAUAGUUUCCAAUGGGGUUACUAAAGUUGCUGUAGAAUUAGUGGCCUGUAAUACUCUGCUCUGUUGAAGAACAUAACUAAAGAAAAAAUGGGAAACAAAAUAUGUUUGUUUGUUAUAAGCUCUUAAAACAUUCCUGUUUAUAAUGCUGUGAAUAAAAAAGGUUAAGAUAAUAGAGAUUAUAAAUGAUCGUUUCAUGGCU